CGCGGGGCGGUGCGCGUUGACAGCAGUGGCGGCGGGACGCGGCGGGACGCGGCGGGUGGCGGGGCUCGGCGCCUCCGGUUCCUGCCCGGGCUUCGGAGGCAGCGGCAACGGCGGCGGCCCGGGAUGGCCUUCAUGGAGAAGCCGCCGGCCCGCAAGGUGCUGCUGGACGACACGGUGCCGCUGACAGCGGCCGUCGAGGCGAGCCAGAGUCUGCAGUCGCACACGGAAUAUAUCAUCCGGGUGCAAAGGGGAGUUUCUGCAGAAAACAGCUGGCAGAUCGUCAGAAGAUACAGUGACUUCGAUCUACUUAACAACAGCUUGCAGAUUACAGGCCUAAGUCUGCCUCUUCCUCCCAAGAAACUGAUUGGAAACAUGGACCGCGAGUUCAUAGCCGAGCGGCAGAGAGGCCUGCAGAACUACCUUAAUGUCAUCAUGGCAAACCAUGUCCUAGCCAACUGCGAGCUGCUUAAGAAGUUCCUAGACCCAAACAACUAUUCUGCAAACUAUACUGAGAUCGCCUUACAGCAGGUUUCCAUGUUCUUCCGAUCAGAACCAAAGUGGGAGGUGGUAGAACCACUGAAAGACAUAGGUUGGAGGAUAAGGAAGAAAUAUUUCUUGAUGAAAAUUAAAAACCAACCAAAGGAGCGGCUGGUGCUGAGCUGGGCUGAUCUUGGUCCAGACAAGUACUUGUCAGAUAAAGAUUUUCAGUGUCUAAUCAAACUUCUGCCUUCCUGUGUGCACCCUUACAUAUAUCGUGUGACCUUUGCCACAGCUAGCGAAUCAUCAGCAUUGCUGAUUAGAACCUUUAAUGAAAAGGGAACUUUGAAGGAUCUGAUCUACAAGGCAAAACCAAAGGACCCCUUCCUAAAGAAAUAUUGCAACCCUAAGAAAACCCAGGGCCUUGAACUCCAACAAAUAAAAACAUAUGGACGGCAGAUAUUAGAGGUACUAAAGUUUCUUCAUGACAAGGGGUUCCCCUAUGGCCAUCUCCAUGCAGCCAAUGUGAUGCUGGAUGGCAACACUUGCCGGCUGCUAGACCUCGAAAACUCGUUACUGGGCCUUCCUUCCUUCUACCGAUCCUACUUCACACAAUUCAGGAAAAUCAAUACAUUGGAAAGUGUAGAUGUCCACUGUUUUGGCCACUUACUCUAUGAAAUGACUUAUGGACGACCUCCAGACUCUGUGCCUGUGGACUCCUUUCCUCCUGCAUCAUCCAUGGCUGUGGUGGCCGUGUUGGAGUCUACGCUGUCUUGUGAAGCCUGUAAAAAUGGCAUGCCUACCGUCUCCCGGCUCUUACAGAUGCCAUUAUUCAGUGAUGUUUUACUAACAACUUCUGAAAAGCCACAGUUUAAGAUUCCCACAAAAUUAAAAGAGGCAUUGAGAAUUGCCAAGGAAUGUAUAGAGAAGAGACUUAUGGAGGAACAGAAGCAGAUUCACCAGCAUCGAAGACUAACGAGAGCUCAGUCACACCAUGGGUCUGAGGAAGAAAGAAAAAGGAGAAAGAUCUUAGCUCGAAAGAAGUCAAAACGAUCUGCUGUUGAGAACAGUGAAGAGCAGCCAGUGAAGCACAGCAACUCCAACAACUCAGCAGGAUCUGGGGCCAGCUCACCUCUCACAUCCCCAUCAUCUCCAACUCCACCUUCCACAGCAGUAGAGCAUGCACCACUUUGAACGUGAAUUUUCGGACUGUCUUCAGCAUUACCUCCACCUCCUCCACCACCUCCACCUCCACCUCCACCAGCAGGUCCCUCGCCAACCUCAGGCACAGAGAUGCCUGCUCCGUUCCUGCCCCAGGCUGUGAAUGGUGUGAACCGUGGGGCCCUGCUUAACUCCAUCCAGAAUUUCCAAAAGGGAACUUUGAGGAAAGCCAAAACCUGUGAUCACAGUGCUCCUAAGAUAGGUUGAUACUUCUUGGUAACACAGGAGGGCAGGCUCUUCUUCUUCCGUCCCACCCCACCCCUCAAGUCCCUCUUCCUAGGUGAGUUUUCCCACAGCUUCCCUCAAGUCCCUUCCUGGGUGAAUCCUUGCAGAGCCAGUACAGCCAGUCUUGCAGACAUACUCCAGUUAGGAGGCUUUUCAAGAGGGAAGUGCUCUCCAAACAGAAUAAAGUGGGGCCAGCACUGCUGCCUUAAUAUUUUUGCUCCUUGUGAUGCUAAUGGGCUUCCUUUAGGGGCAGCAUCGGAUGUGUAUCAUUUUCACCAGCGAAAGGAAAAUGAUAGAAAAUCAAAAGCAAUGACAGACAGUAUUCUGUCAUAGCAGCAAAUGGCCUUUGUCACCUUGUCCUUCCCACUCUAUUAGAAGUGUUCUCAUAGGUUAUUCCUUAGGUAGCUCCCAUGAGUGCUACCCUCAGUUCACCUCAGAUGUUCACACUGUAACCAAGGCAGUUAUACUGCUGAGGCAGAGAAGCAGGGCCUCUUCACUCUCCUGUACACAGGGUAGAUAGGGGAGUUCUUCAGAGUUCAGUGGGAAUCACUGCUGAGUGAGAACAGCAAGGCUAGAUUUGUAGUUCUCAGCUACAAUGUACCAGAACAGGACAUUAACCACAUAUAAAGCUCUUGCCAGUUAAAGGGUUGUCUUAGUCCUCAGCAAUUAAAUCCAGUUUGGAAUAGAGGGAGGGCCAACAUCACCAAGUGAAUCUGGCAUCUAUAGUAAUCACUUCUGAUUUGAUUUAUCCAACUUCAACAUCUUUUGAUAUUAUUCAGUUAUCAGAAAUCUUUUAUCCUAUGAUUUGCUUAAACCCUUUAAAUAAAUUGCACUUUAAAGGAUUAUAAAAAAAUCCAUUUUAAAAUUCAAAUACACACAUCAGUGUUGGUUACUAUGCAGAAAGAAUGUUAUUGUGUAUAAUUUCAUGUAAUCUGUGAUAUAUGUUCAGCUGUAUUUUUUAUUAAAAUAAAUCAUGUCAAGAAAGUA